AUGACUGUGAAUGCUCCACCCGACAACGCUCCGGAAGUGACCACUUUCAUUGGUCGCGACGGCACUGUACUCCCCGCUGGGGUGGACCAGUACCCAUUUUACGGGUACAGAAAUGGCCACGACGGGAGCGGUGUAGUCACAACGCACCAGGCUCUGCUCAAGCAGACCAAGGGCUCCCGGGACUCAUGCGGCCGGGGCUUUGAUACCGAAGCCGAGGCGCUGGUGUGGGUGGACAGUUUUGUCAUAGCGGAGUACCCGCGCAAGCUCGAUAUGAUGAAGGCUAAGUGGGUCGGGAUGGAGAGUCAGCUGCAGGCCGCCAGGCGUCGAGCAACUAUGUGA